AUAGCUCUCUCUCGGGAAACAUUAUUCUCCCUUGUCGUCGCAACUCGCAGAGAGAAAAAUCAGAAAACACAAGAAAAAAAUUUAACCAUUCUAGAUAGCAUGCUUCAUUUCAUUUGUCAUUUUCACAUUGCCUCAAUUGAUGCAUGAGGCAUUUCAUGUUCAUCACCCUUGUAGUGAUCACAAUUUUUUUGUUAGGCAUUUGAUCCCAUGCAACCCUCUUAAGUUUAUGAAAUAAUUUAUAUGAAUAAGAUAUCUGAAAUGAGUUGUGGGAGGAGGAUGAAUGCCUGGUGCUGGCUGACAUGCAUACUGUCCUUAUUGAUCAUUACUCUGCCUCGGGUUUUUUGUAUCGAUGGGGAUGACUAUGGUUCAUCUGGUAGCUCUUCUCAGAUGUCACCUAUUGUCGCGAAACACAUAUAUGAUCAAGUGUCCAAUCUCACUGUUGUGUAUCAUGAUGAUAUCAAGGAGGAACUAGGCUAUUGCAUUAAAGAUGUAAAAUCUGAUAUGAAUACAGCAUUCAACUUCUCUAAGGACCUGGGGUUUAUAAAUGAUUGUAUUAAAGAGGCGAAAGGAGACAUCACUCAGAGAAUAUGUUCAGCAGCAGAGAUGAAGUUCUACUUUACUAGUUUUUACAAGAAGGAGAAAGAAAAUGCAAAUAAUCAUGUAUUGAAACCGAAUAAGAACUGUAAUUUGACUUCUUGGAGUCCUGGGUGUGAACCAGGAUGGGCUUGUAGUAUUCCUCAAGAACAGAAAGCUGACUUGAAGAACUCAAAAAGCAUCCCUGACCGGACUGAUGAUUGUCAGCCUUGCUGUGCAGGCUUCUUUUGUCCGUCAGGCCUUACUUGCAUGAUUCCUUGCCCGUUAGGUUCCUACUGUCCACGUGCAACUCUCAACAAGACUACUGGUGUAUGUGAUCCAUAUCACUACCAACUGCCUCCUGGAAAGCAAAAUCAUUCCUGUGGUGGAGCUGACCUUUGGGGCCCCAUAACGAUGAAUGCUGCAAAGAAUCUAUUUUGCUCGGAAGGUUAUUAUUGCCCAACCACUGCCAAAAAGAAUUCCUGCCAAAAAGGACAUUUCUGCAGGAAGGGGUCUGUAGCUCAGAAAGCAUGCUUCAAGAUGAGUACCUGCAAUGCAAAUACAACAAAUCAAAACAUGCAUUAUUAUGGGCUUUUGGUUUUUGGUGUGGUGGCUCUGAUACUGAUCAUCAUAUAUAACUGUUCAGACCAAGUCCUCUCAACUCGACAUGCAAGACAGGCCAAGUCCAGGGAAGCUGCAGCAAGGACUGCAAGAGAAACUGCACAAGCAAGACAAAGGUGGAAGGCUGCAAAAGAUAACGCCUCAAAGGAACCUUCUGCCUUGCAGGGCUUGUCACAACAGUUGUCACGGACAUUUUCACGAAAGACAAGUACAAAGAAAGCUGAAAAGGCAAAGGCUUCAAAGAAACAGGAACCUAGCAACCUCACAAAAAUGUUACACAACAUUGAGGAUGAUCCAGAUGGUCAUGAGGACUUCCAUGUAGAAAUUGGGUCAAAACAUUCUAAGAAGCCCAAGGCUAAAGAAUUGCAUACACGGAGCCAGAUAUUUAGGUAUGCAUAUGGUCAACUUGAGAAAGAGAAAGCUAUGGAAGAGAAGAAUCAGAAUAUGACAUUCUCCGGAGUUAUCUCAAUGGCCACUGACACUGAGUUAACGACAAGGCCUCCAAUUGAAGUUGUAUUUAAGGAUCUAACCUUAACACUGAGGAAGAAACACAAGCAUUUGAUGAGAUGUGUUUAUGGUAAGAUUAUGCCAGGCCGUAUUUCUGCUGUCAUGGGACCAUCUGGGGCUGGGAAAACAACAUUUCUUUCUGCUGUAGUAGGAAGGGACACUGGUUGCGUUAGGUCAGGUCUGAUUCUCAUUAACGGAAAAGAUGAACCAAUUCAGACACACCGGAAAAUCAUUGGUUUUGUCCCACAAGAUGAUAUCGUGCAUGGAAACUUGACAGUAGAAGAGAACUUGCGGUUCAGUGCACGCUGUAGACUAUCUGUGGACCUUCCGAAAGCUGAUAAGGUUCUUGUUGUUGAAAGAGUCAUCGAGUCACUAGGACUGCAGGCAGUAAGGGAUUCCCUAGUGGGAACAGUAGAGAAGCGUGGAAUAUCUGGAGGUCAGAGAAAACGAGUGAAUGUUGGGUUAGAAAUGGUCAUGGAACCAUCACUAUUAAUAUUGGAUGAGCCCACCACUGGCUUGGACAGCUCUUCAUCCAAUUUGCUUCUUAGAGCUCUUCGACGUGAAGCACUCGAGGGAGUUAACAUCUGCAUGGUUGUUCAUCAACCAAGUUACGCCUUGUACAAGAUGUUUGAUGACUUCAUACUUCUAGCCAAAGGUGGUCUUACAGUUUAUCAUGGGUCUGUGAAGAAAGUUGAAGAAUACUUUGCAGACCUAGGAAUAGUAGUACCAGAUCGUGUAAAUCCUCCAGACCACUUUAUUGACCUCCUCGAGGGUGUAGUAAAACUAGGACCGGGAUUGACAGUAGAGCAGCUUCCAAUCAGAUGGAUGCUUCGCAAUGGGUACUCGGUUCCUCCAGAUAUGAUGCAUUAUUGUGAUGAGAUUGCAGCAUCCUCAGCAGGUUCUGAUUCCGCUGCUGGAGAAAUGUGGAAAGAUACAAAGCACAAUAUGCAGAUUAACCAAUCUCCUGAGAACAGCAGAUCCAGUGACAUGUCUAACAGAGUCACUCCUGGUGUAGUUAGGCAAUAUAGAUAUUUUCUUGGAAGGGUUGGCAAGCAGCGAUUGCGAGAAGCCAGAUCACAGGCAGCAGAUUUUCUGAUUCUUUUACUUGCUGGUGCAUGCUUGGGAACCCUUGCCAAGUCAAGUGAUGAAGAAUUUGGGGCUCUCGGCUAUACUUACACCAUCAUCGCUGUUUCAUUAUUAUGCAAAAUUUCAGCAUUGAGAUCAUUUGCAUUGGACAAACUGCACUACAAAAGAGAGAGCUCCAGCGGGAUGAACUCACUAUCAUACUUUCUAGCCAAAGAUACAGUGGAUCUUUUUAAUACAGUUGUCAAGCCCGUGGUUUAUCUUAGCAUGUUCUAUUUCUUCAACAGUCCAAGAUCAAGUUUCGGAUACAACUACAUAAUCCUGCUCUGCCUUGUCUACUGUGUGACUGGCGUCGCCUACAUAUUCGCCAUCUUCCUUGAUUUUAGUCAAGCUCAGUUGUGGUGUGUUCUUCUUCCUGUGGUCUUGACCCUCAUCUCAAAUCAGAGCAAAGAAGGCGGAAUAUCAAGGGUUGUAGCCAAGUAUAUCUACCCUACAUGGGCUCUAGAAGCUUUUGUCAUAGCAAAUGCAGAAAGGUACAAUGGAGUAUACCUAAUGACUCGGUGCACUUAUCUCAAAGAAAUGGACUACAACCUCAAUGAUUUCACCCUAUGUCUAGUUCUUCUUGCGGUCUUUGGUGUAUUUUGUCGAAUUGUGGCUUUCAUUUGUCUGACUAGAGUUGGAAAGAAAUAAAGGCAUCUUCAUAGCUUCCAUUGGUUUGGUUAAUUAGUGAGGCCAUGCAGCUUCAUUCUUUCUCAUGUACAGGAAGAUUAGCAUAGGUUCUUAUACGUGUAUUUUUUACUGUAAAUGGUGAAAAGCUUCAGCAGUGGUAAUGCC